CCAAAACACCACUGGUAUGAUCUCAGGUGCUCCCAGGUUCUGGGUCACUUUGAAUCUCAUUCACGCCCGAAGCACAUCAUGUCCAUUGUGGAAGCUUUUAGGGACACGAACCUUCGCUCUCUGCUGAGGGAGCUGCGGACCGACAUCGCCAUGGCUGUAGGCGACCCUUUCCCUCUCGUCUACGGUCUGGCAGACAAAAACAUCAUCAGUGACCAGCUGCUGAAGGACACUUUGGAAAGGGAGGGCAGAGAAGGGAUCCACAAGGCCAUGUACUCUCUCCUGUCCUGGCUGUUGGAGCAGAGCAGAACCACCAUCCAGGCUUUCUGGAGCAACUUGUCCAAAGACUACAACCUGGACAGCUACCCCAAACUGCAGGCGCUGCUCACUAAACUGCACUCGAGACGGGUUGCUGCAGGUUCCCGAGGUGAGAAGAGAUCCUCUGGAGGCCAUAAAUCACCUCACAGCAAGAAGAGGAGCCACGACGACAGAGUGACAAACUCACGCGAUCAGCAGCCGCAGUAUCAUGCCAAGACAAGCGACGGACCAGGUGGCAAAGUGAAGCUCUACAGAGUGAAGAGUGAAGCUCCAGCCCCACCGCUCACAUCUGGAAACAGUGUUCAGCCGGUGUCCUCCUCAGUGCAGAUUCCAGUCACUCUGUCUUCCUCCACCUCGUCCUCCUCUUCCUCGGCUAAGCAGCCUGUCAGCGAUGAGGCCAGAGAGAAGCUCCUUAUCAAGCAGGUGUUUGGCUCAGAUGAUAAGUCACUAGGAAGUGCCAGAAAGUGCAUAAAAGUCGGCGGGGAGUUUUACUCCUGUCGUCAGUCAGAGGAGACAAAUGAAGCGUCCAAGUCCAACGCUGCCACGAAGACGUUUCACCACAGGGGGGAGACAACCACAGACAUGGUUCAUUAUAAUGAUGAUGAGUGUGCGGUGUGUAAGGACGGAGGGGAGCUGAUCUGUUGUGACGGCUGUCCUCGAGCUUUUCACCUGACCUGCCUGGACCCUCCACUCACAUCCAUACCAAGUGGUCCCUGGCAGUGUGAGUGGUGCAGUGGCAACAGAGUGAAAACCGAGUCGGCCCAACUACCUUUACAACCCCUCAUUGCCCAGUCUCAGCAAACAAACACCAGUGACUCCAUCACAGACGUCUCUUUCUUCUCCUCGCUGUCAUCCUCGUCUCUCACGGGCGCCACACCUUCUAUAAAUGGGACCAGUGGCAGAAACCAGUGCUCGGGUGGAGAGCUGGUCAGUGUGAGGGAGGUGUGUGGUGUUUGUCACCUCGCGGGAGGAGACCUGACUCACUGUCUUCAGUGUUUGGGGCGUUUCCACGCACACUGCCACUUCUCCAGAGGCCGAUCCGUCUGCCUGUCCUGCUCCAGGCCCUGGGGCGGCUCUGCGGAGAAGGAGGCUGAAUCCCGAGGCUUACAGCUCGCCCCAGUGCUUCAAAACACACUGGGUCACGAUCAGAGCUCCUCCGUCCCCGAGCCCGUCCUCCAUAAAGAUGAGCUGGACUCCAUCCUGGGAGACCAGGGCUCCAUCGAUGGCAUCUUGCAGUGGGCGUUCCACAACAUCGCUCGGCCUCUUCCAGACUCUCAAGGAUGCUACCAGUGACAGAGGGACAGAGGAUCGGUCCCGUUCGAGCUCAGACAUGGCUAAUCAAACAGAGAUCCCUGAAGUGGGGAUUAUUUUUCUCAUUUCAUGCUGUAUCUAAAUGAAACGACUAGUAGUGGUCGGUAUUAGAUUGAACGUGGAACUAUUUAUUUUCAUUUUAGAUUUUUGCAAAUUUUGAGACUGAUGGUCUUCAUGUACAAACUGAAAAAUUGAUUGUGAUUUUAGAAGUGAUUUUACA